AGUGGGGCACGUUCCUAAGGGGCGCCCACCCCCUAGGUACCUUAUGUACCCGAGUACCUCUGCUAGGUGGAGGCUUGGCAACAAUACCUAGGUACCUACCUACCUACAGCGCCGCAGGCUGGCAGCUAGUCCUGCCUUGAGCGAUGUUGAACAUUUUGCUGCCUUCCUUUCCUCGACCGCGCUCGCUGGCUUCGAAGUCCCUCUGCUGAGAAAGUCAGUCAUCGCGAUGGGCUUUCGUCGCGUCCGCGUGCUUGUCGCCGUCGUUGCCCUCUGGGCUCUUGUGUCUUGGUACUACAGCUGGUCCCCGCCUAACGGCUCGAAAGUGUUUGGCUCCGUGCUUGGACCCGGCCAUCGACCUCCCAUAGACUUGGCUGGAUCGCGAGAUCUUCGGUGGGAGAGGCGGCCUCCUCGAUAUCCCGUCAAGAAACUGGCUACGCUCCCGACCCGCAAGCCUGCCGAACCAAUACCACGUAUACAGGCGGCGAAGCCACAGGAGAGUGCUUCUCAGAAGGAUGAGCGCUUGCGUCGACUCGCGUCCGUCAAGGACAGUUUUAAGCAUAGCUGGAACGGCUACAAAAAGCACGCGUGGGGCCACGAUGAGAUCAAGCCCAUUUCAGGCCGGUACAAGGAUCCGUUUGGCGGUUGGGCUGCCACGCUCGUCGAUUCAUUAGACAGCCUAUGGCUUCUCGGGAUGGAGGAAGACUUCGCGUUCGCGGUGCAGGCGUGCGACAACAUCGACUUCACGACCACGGAGGAAUACAGUGUUAAUAUAUUCGAGACUGUAAUUCGGUAUCUCGGCGGAUUUUUGGCGGCGUACGAGCUGAGCGCGAAGGCAUACCCAAGCCUGCUUAAAAAGGCGACCGAAAUCGCCGAUUUGGUGAUGACAGCCUUCGAUACCUCGAACCAUAUGCCCAUUACGAGAUUCCCCUGGAGAGAAUACGCCAGCGGUCAGGUACGGGAGGGGAGGGGCCACGCUCUAAUUGCGGAGCUUGGGUCGUUGAGCCUCGAGCUUACCAAAAUGUCCCAGUUGACCGGUGAUAUGCAGUACUACGAUGCCGCGCAGAGAAUAGCCGAUGAACUGGAAAGGGGCCAGACGACAACGACCCUUCCGGGGAUGUGGCCGAUCAUGGUUGACACUUCUACGACUCCGGUCAAGUUUAGCGGGGAUUCGUACACGCUCGGCGGAAUGGCUGAUAGCACCUACGAGUACCUAGGAAAGCAGUACCUCUUGCUCGGGGGGGCACUGGACCAGCCGCGGAGGAUGUAUGACGGCUUUAUCGACGUCGCAAAAAAGCAUCUCCUUCGGCGGGCCCUAAAUCCGGAUAACAUCCCGUUGCUCUUCUUCGGCGACGCGCGCGUUGUCCGUACCACUUCGGGCGACAAACAGGUCGUCACAACGCCGAGGGCGCAGCAUCUCACGUGCUUCGCGGGAGGCAUGGUGGGGAUGGCCGCCAAGAUAUUCGAUCGGCCGUCAGAUUUGGGCGUAGCGGAGCAACUGACUGACGGGUGUGUGUGGAGUUACAAUCAAACCGCGUCGGGGAUCGGGCCCGAGAUCUUUCACUUCAUCCCCUGCGACCCGGACUCGGCGAAGGAUGAUUGUAAGUGGACGGACGACCGUUGGAAGGCCGCGCUACAGAAGUACUGGGGGAAGGAUAGCAAGAGCGACGCGCUCACGGACGAACGACUACAGACGAUCAUAGACACGUCACGGCUGCCCCGGGGUAUGGUGGACGUGGACGACCGCCGGUACAUCCUCCGGCCGGAGGCCAUCGAGUCGGUGUUUAUGAUGUACCGCCUGACAGGGAACAGCAGGUACAUGGACAAGGCCUGGGCCAUGUUCGAAGCGAUCGAGAAGCGGACGCGCACCCCGUACGCCUCGGCGGCGCUGGGCGACGUGACGGCGGAUCGGCCGAUGCAGGUGGACAGCAUGGAGAGCUUCUGGCUAGCCGAGACGCUGAAGUAUUUCUACCUGAUCUUUGGGGAUUGGGAGCUGGCGAACCUGGACGAGUGGGUGCUCAACACCGAGGCGCAUCCGCUCCGACGCGUAGACGCGUGACGGGCAAGAUGGGGAGGACGGAGCUAUGCUAUCUCUAUGCCUAUUAUAUAUAUAUAUAUAUAUAUAUAUAUGUGUGUGUGUGUGUGUGUGUGUGUGUUUCGUGCGACACAUAUCUAGGUAUAUUAGGUAGAUACACGACAGACGCAAUUCGGAGUCCCGUGGGCGCAGAGACAACGGCAACAGCGAGGGGUAGUAGCUCGGAGCUGAGAAUCCCCCAGCAGGUGUUGGGAUGCCUAUAGGCACCUGGGUGUAUUUAUUCCCUACGCGGGCUUUCGCGCUGCGUGGCAACGGAGGCCUUGCUGCUACUUUCGAGAUCCAGGAUCUGCAAUGGAUAGCCGGGGCGAUGUUAUACCUAGGCAGGUAGAGGUAUCAGGCGGUUGUUCCAACUGGGGUCGGCGUCCGCUUAGAU